AUGUCGACGGUUUCGCAGAACAAGACGGGAUACGACCACGACAAUCUUCGCCAUGUGGUCAUUACAGCAACCUGUUUCGCUUUUAUUUUGUCUACCACGGCUGUAGCUUUCCGAAUUCUUUCGCGAAAGGUCAAUGGGACGGGUCUUUUUAUCGACGAUUUCUUCAUGAUUUCUGCGCUGGUCUUCGAAUGGGGUAUUUCGAUAGCAGGUGUCGUCUUGCUUUAUAAUGGACUUGGAACACACAUCGUCUACGUUAAGCCCGAGCAGCUCACGGUAUACCUGAAGACUCUCUUCACCGGUUCCAUUCUCUAUACUCUCUGCAUUGCUUCGAUCAAACUGUCUAUCCUCAUGCUCUACCGACGACUCUUCCCCGUCAAGGCGAUGAACAUUGGGGUCAAGAUCGUAUCCAGCAUCGUUGUUCUUUGGGCAGCCUGUGGUAUCUUGGCCGGCUGUUUUACUUGCAUCCCUACCAAGAAGCUCUGGAGUCCCGAGGUACCGGGUGGCUGUAUGGACCUGGGCAAGUUCUAUUACGGUCUGCAGAUUCCCAACAUUGCUACCGACGCGAUCAUCCUGUUCAUGCCUAUGCAUACCGUUUGGGGCCUGCCCAUUUCUCGGGCACAGAAGGUGGGCCUGUCGGCUAUCUUCGUUGUGGGCUUUUUGACUUUGAUCUUCGACAUAAUCCGUUUGGUGGCCUUGAUCGAUCUCUCAAAAUCGGGCGAUGAUAUUACUUACAACCAAGUCAACUCCAGCGUGUGGACCUGCAUCGAGCCUGCAGUUGGUAUUGUGGCGGCUUGCCUGUCAAACAUGCGGCCUAUCUUCAAGCUCAUGCACCGCAAAUUCUGGCUUCGCUAUAUCGGGUCGACUGCCCACACCAGCCAGCAGGACAUGAUUACAACGGGGCCCACCGACCAACAUGAAAAGCCUGAGUGGACUCGGGACACUCCCAGUCCGAAUGGAGACACUCUACACUCUCAUUCCGACUCCCAGUCUCGGUCACCUAAGCAGUGCUCUGUUUGA